CUGACUCUGUCGCUGCUCUUGCUGCUCUCUCACCUUCGCGUCGUCGGCCAUUCACUCAUCUCCCACAGACAGCAACCAUAAAAAUUGAAACCACGCCAGAACUAGCCAAUCUGCCAUGGAAAAUACCCAAGAGCCACGGCUCCAAGUAGCCAUGGUUCCCACUCCGGGCAUGGGUCACCUGAUCCCACUCGUUGAGUUAGCCAAGCGACUUGUUCACCAUCACAACUUUGUUGUAACCUUCUUUGUACCCAGUGAUGGCUCCUCCAUGAAACCCCAAAAGCAACUCCUUCAGUCUCUCCCCAACUCCAUUUCCACCAUCUUUCUCCCUCCUGUGUGCUUCGAUGAUCUCCCAAAGGAUGUCAAGGUCGAGACAAGGAUCGUACUGAGUCUCACGUGCUCCAUCCCAAAUCUAAGAGACUCCUUCAAGGCCUUGACCGAGUCAACUCGGGUGGUGGUCAUGGUGGUUGACUUAUUCGGCGUAGACGCAUUUGAUGUAGCUAGAGAAUUUGGCAUCGAGCCAUACAUUCUCUUCCCAAGCACCGCCAUGGUGUUGUCUCUAAUCUUUCAUAUACCCAAGCUUGAUGAAAUGUUUGCCGACGAGUAUAGGUAUUUGCCUGAACCGGUCAAGUUACCAGGGUGCGUCCCGGUUCAGGGGAUCGAUCUGAUCGACCCGAUUCAAGAUAAGAAGAAUAUAGCCUACCAAGCGGUUCUCAGCAUCUGCAAGGGUUCCGAAUCUCUUACUUCACCUUUCGUAAAGGUUUCUGCCACUCUAUCCAGCUUCUCUAACAAAGCAAUUUAAGUGCCAUUUGAAGCUGGUUUUCUACUGCUCUCAGCCAUAUCUACUUCUCUUGGAAUUUGCUCGUCAGACACUUCAUUAGCUGUUUUCUCUGUGCUGCUCUGCUCUUGUGAUAGUGCUACACUUGAUUCCUAAUAUAAGAUAGAAACAUGAGCUAUUUAGCUUGAUUUUUUUACAAGUUAUCUUUUUUAUUUACUGUUGUAAAUCACCGAAGAAGGGAGGAUUGGGUUUACAAGUUACUUACCUCUUCAAUUUGAAUAUCUUUACCUCUUCAAUUUGAAUAUCUUUACCUCUUCAGUUUGAAUAUCUUUUGCUAUGGUUUUAAAUGUUGUAUUGUUCUCCUCAGCACCUAGAAAUCCAUUCUUUAGUUGAUCUUCUUAGUUGCUAGCUUUCAUUGUUUUAAAUACAUGAAUGGUAUGUU